AUGUCGAAUUUUGAAGUUCCUAGAAUGUCUGAAGUUAGAUGUAAUUGCAACAGAGUUGUUGCUAAAAGGAUUUCAAAAACUAAAUUGAACCCAAAUCGACCUUAUUACAAGUGUGAUCAUUGUGAUUUUUGGGAAUGGGAGGAUAAAUUAACAGAGAUCAAUAGAAAUCUCCGAGAUAUUACAUUAAUUUCAAACAGCAGAGAAAUGCCCGUUUCAAUAACGACUCCAAAGGCUCCACCAAGCCUAAACAAUGGACUAACAAAUGGACUAACAAAUGGACCAGCACAUGGACCAACAAAUGGACUAACCAAUGGAUUAGUCAAUGAACAAAUAAAUAAUAGACAUUUUUCUGCGAAUUUGAGUAACUCAUCCGGAGAGAGCGAGGUCCUCGUUGAUGCUAAUUCAUUUGGACAAAGUACGGCAGUUCCUACACCAGCAAAUAAACAAGACCGGUUAAUCGAAGCAAAAAAGGCAGAAAAUAAUUUUUUAAGAACUCAAAAUGAAAAAAUGAAGAAUGAGAUUGAAAAAAUGAAGAAUGACUAUGAUAAAAUGAAGAAUGACUAUGAAAAAAUGAAGAAUGAUUAUGAAAAAAUGAAGAAAGAAAAUGAAAAAAUGCAAAAUGAAAAUGAGAAAACGAUGAAUGAAAAUGAACAAAUUAAACAAAUAAAUGAUUUAUUAGAAAAGGAUAAAGUAGGCCUUUCUGAAAGAAUUACUUUUUUAGAAAUAGAGCUAAAAAAGAAGAAUAACAUUGUUGACACUCGAGAGAUCGACCAUUUAAGAUUACAAAACAAAGAAUUGGAUAAUAAAAUUUCCGAUUUAAACGGUAAAAAUGCUCAACUAAUACGUACAAACGAUGAUUUAACUACAAAGCUACUUAAAGAAACAGCAAAAUUAAAUUUAAAGAUAGGCUCUUUAGACAGAGAAAUUUUGGAUUUAAGACAAAGAAUCAAAUUGAAAGAUGAGGGCAGCAGCAAUCCUUCUCCAGGAUCUGAAGACAUACAUUUUCAUAAAAAGGCCAUCGAAGACAAUUCAGUUCUCAAGGAACAAAUAAGAACAACUAAACAAGAAAAUUCAGAUCUCAAGGAACAAAUAAGAACAACUAAACAAGAAAAUUCAGAUCUCAAGGAACAAAUAAGAACAAUUAAACAAGAAAAUUCCGAACUUAAAAGUGCUCAUCAAAUGGAGGGUUUAUAUGUUAUGAUCGAUAGACUGACCAAACGUACAAACGAAUUAAGUGAUGAAAACCAGACUUUAGUAAAUGAGAAUCAGGAAUUAAGGCAGGCAAAUAACAUUUUGAAAAAUUCCAAACGUUUAAAAAAUAACGAUUUGUAG